CCCUUUUCUCUUGGGCUUCGAGGGACUCUUGUGCGCUAUUUUGACAACGAGGAGGGGAAGAAGGAGAUAACAGGAGAUUAGGAACGAUAGAACGAAAGAAAGAAAAGAUAUGGACCCGUCAAAGUUGGCAAAGUUGCAGGCGGCAGCGGCCAGUAACAGGAUCGGUGGCAAGGGCACCGUCCGACGCAAGGUCGUGCGCAAGCCGGGAAAGAACUCGGCUCAAGACGACAAGAAGCUCCAGGGUGCACUCAAGAAACUCGGUGUGCAGCCUAUUGCCGGUGUCGAGGAGGUAAACAUGUUCAAGGAGGAUGGGAACGUCCUCCAUUUCUCUGCUCCAAAAGUCCACGCCGCCGUCCCGGCUAACACGUUCGCCAUCUACGGCGUUGGGCAAACAAAAGAGCUUACCGAGCUCGUGCCCGGGAUUCUUAACCAACUGGGACCCGACUCCCUCGCCAGCCUGCGCAAGCUCGCCGAGUCUUAUCAGCAGAUCCAGGCGCAGCAGGCUGCGGGCGCGAAGGAUAAGGAGGAAGACGAUGAUGAUGUACCUGAUUUGGUGGAGAAUUUCGAUGUGGAGGAGGAUAAGCCCCAGCUGGAGGAGCUCGAGUAGGCUGCACUGGGCGGCGGUGGCUGCAAGCGUUGGCAAGGUCGGUCAGAGUGACCAUCCCCACGCCCUCGUUGUACCGCUGGUGUUCAGGCAAUAACCGUGCUCUGUCGGGGUGCUCCCCAAUGUUAUCCAUGCAUGUGUAAUACGACCGUUGUCAGGUGUCGAUUCAGCUCGGUGUGCCCGUUUG